AUGAGUUCGGCCGCUGGAGAAUCGUCGUCUUCGUCGAAAGUGCCAGAGAAUUCUGGAAGCGCCGCAGCCGCCGCGACAGGGUCCGAGUAUUUGGAACAAUUAGCUAAUGAGGCGGAGGAGUUGAGGAAGAAGUUGGAUGCGGAGAGACAUAAGUUGAAUGAUAUUCCAAUUCAACAAGCCGCCGAACGUCUGGAUGUGAUGGGCGCGCUCGGCGUCAAGCAACGACGAAUCCUUAAAGGACAUGUUGGCAAAGUUUUAUGCAUGGAUUGGUCCCUGGAUAAGAGACACAUUGUCUCAUCGUCUCAGUCCAUCUCUCACCUCACAAUUCUCAGCUUGCCAUUCAUGAAAACUUCUUGUCAUCUCCAAAAAAUCAUCGAAAUCGAGGGGGUUUAUUAG